GAAUGACAAGCAGACUUUCUUGUGGAAGAGUUGGUACUGCGAGAGAUAUGCCUACAGCAAUUCGCCAAAUUCCGAAUCAAAUGCAGAGCAGCGUAUGCGUCCUAACCGGAUAUAAAUAGAUUGCGCCCAAAUGUGCUUCACAUGUCUCGUGUCAAACAUCGACGAAGGAGCCAACCUUUGUCCCUUCUUCAGUUAUCUAUAGCAUGUGUGUUGUGGAACGCUGUCAUUGACCGUUAUCACUCCAGGCAAAUCACUGUGGAGCUGCAGGGACAACAGUUGUUUGGAAAACAGUCUGCUCGCUGCGUUCUGCCAUAAACGAAAUGGUUUACACGGAAGUCAAUGAAACACGUCGAAGUCGGAGAAAUCCCCUGCUUAUUAGUCUGUGCGUGGUGUUCAUGGCCAUAGUUAUCCUAUCUGUGACUCUCGGACUUACUCUUGGAAGAAGUUCAUCCGGCAGUCUAAAGGCAACCUUUACGAAUAGAUGCCAAACGUAUUUAAAAGACAACGGCGGAACGACGAGUCAAAAUGAUUGUGAGAAGAUUUGGGAAUCAUUCAAGAAAGCAUUUGUGGGAAGAAAUCCAUGUGAUGUCCCCCCAGAAGCAUAUGACUCCCUAUUAGACACAGUGUCCCAAGAUCCAGCAUGUAACAGGAUGCUAUUCUGGAGCAAAACUAAAGACAUAGUUCAUGCUUUCACUGAGAAAUCUAGCUGUUACUUGACCCUAGAGGACACUCUACUUGGCUUCACCCUGGAUGGACUCACUUGGUGUGGCAAAAAUCAGAGCCAAGAAACCUUCACCACAGGAUGUCCAGAGUGGUCAGACUGUGUGAACAACCCUGUUCGUUCAUUCUGGAACGGAGCCUCAGCAGCGUUUGCAGCAACUGCGUGUGGUGAUGCCUCUGUCAUGCUGAAUGGGUCCAUAGAUGUGCCCUUUAAUCCAACAAGCAUUUUUGCAUCUGUAGAAGUGAAAAAUUUCAACUCCUCAAUCAUGAAUGGCUUGACUGUCUUACUGGUUACAAAGGAAACAGACACGAAAACUUGUGGAACUGAUGCCUCACUGAAAGAUCUACAAAAGCAGCUGGAUCCUAAGCUGAAAUAUACUUGCAAAGUAGUUACCCAGUCAACAAUUCAGAACUGCAUCUCACAACCACAGAUAACCUGUGGUGACUGCUGGUGACUUCUGUUCAGUCUACAGGUGUCUUACACAUGAACAUAUCCAUGUCUAUCCAGAGGUCUGCCUCAAUAACUUUCAAAUGGUCUUAAAAAGUCUGCUAGGGAGUCAUUUUGUUUUAACUUGACAUGUUGGAAAUACAUUGAGAGUUAUUGUGUGGUCAGAGAAAGAUUGUAAGUCCUAGAUUUGGACAUGUGAAUUUUGUUUUCUGUUCCAUAGCAGUCAGAAUGAUCAAAAGAUUAUGUGCAUUACAGUUCACCAUUAUGCAUUUACUUUUAACAUUUGUAGCCCAUAGAUAGUGUUUCAGCUAAACUGUGAAUGUGCAAUGUACUUCAUUUGUUACAUUUUGAUUGUAAUACGUACAGUGAUGGUCAAACAUGUUGGCAUCCAUGCUAAUGUUGACAAACUUUGCAUUUGUCGGUCAGAUACCGAAUGACAGAAUUGUGCUCGUGGAUGCAGGAAACGCCUAACAUUGAAUCACCUGAUGAUCUCUGACUCAUCAUAUGGAGAUACAGUAGAAGACCAUGCUAGCAUUAUCUUGAACUACUUAUCUUGUACAGUAAUGUUGAAUAACGUUAGCACUUAUAAGUUGCUUGCUGAAUAUCAAAUAUUCUAAAUAUCAAAUCCACAAUCACAUUACUCAUCUUGUAUGUAGUAUAUAAGCUAUAGUUUCACAGACUGAAUUACUUAAUGCAAUACUUGAUAAGGUUGUGUAUGAUAUCUUGUCGUGUCAGCGGACAUUGAUGAUGCAGCAUCUGUAGCAAAUUAUUUUGCAAUAUACCAUUUCACCACUAGAUGGAAGAAAUUCCCCCAAGAAGUAACCCAAGAAAUCCACAGUGAAGCUUUAAAGGUUGGAUAUUUCCAACAUUUAAUUUUUAAUUUCUUUAUUUUUUUUAAUUUCCAAAAGAUAUUCUCCUCUUUUCCUCUAUAUUCCUAUUUUCAGUCAACUUUAGCAUGGCUGCCAACACUUGUGACCCUCACUGUAUGUUGUAUACUUUUGAAAAGAUUAUAUAUUAUGUUGUUUGAGGAAGGGAAACUACAGCUUUUGUAUAUAUGGUUUGUCUAUCAAUCUGUUUUAACAGCAAUAAAUCCUUAAGAGUCUGA